UCGCUCGGACGUGUCCUCAGAUAUGGCCACGCCGUUCGAGAGACCAGGAUUGCUAAGCCUGACGAGCCCCUCGAGCGGCGUGCUGGCAUUUCUGGGGGAGACCGGGGAGGACGUGUUUUCUUUACCUGCAUCUGUGAACUGCUGCGUCACGAUGCGAAGUGUUUUGUUCACCGAAUGUUCAUGUCAGUGUACGCCUACAAACUCUUGCAGUGGGGCGAUGCCACGUGCCAAACUGUCGCGGCAACUAUGACAAGGAACCGACGGUUAGUGUUCCCGUUACCAAAGGACGGACCAAAGAGUGACGUGGGGCACUGCCGUUCGUCGAGCUGAGAUGGAUAUUCGCCGAAGGCCCGUCUACGUGCUCGAGCUGAAUAGCCCGUCUCCGCCGCCGGUGGAAGAGCCCGCCAGUUUGGACGCGGUGCACUUCGGCAGGAGGGGCAUCGUCGAAAGCCGCAGCACUCUCAUCCUUUCAGCCGUGGUGGCGCUGUUGGCCAUACUUACUAUUGGCUUCGCCCUGGCAGUCAUCUUCAGAGAGCACACUUCACUGGCCUCGUUCGAACCGUUGACUGACUUCGCGGCAUACAGGAGGCAACCAUUCAGCAGGGUACAGCUGGCCAGCCAUCAGACAAAGUACAAAUCAUCUCCUGGUACAAACGCCGUAACUGCUGCGAGAGGCACGAACAAUACGAGCGGAAGCUCUCGUCGUCAUCUACCUCCCCAGUCGCCGAGCACCAAGCAAUAACCACUUGGAAUGGGCAAGGCCGGCUGGAGUAUUUACUUUGCAGAAAUAACCCAUGCACAGCUGACCCAAUUUGGGAUCAAUUGACAGUUAUCGUGUUCCCUUUA